UGGCCCAUCAUUCCCUCUGCGCACGUCGCGCUGAUCGCUAGCUAGCCAGUACGCUCCCGGUAUUCCGGCAUUCAAUUUCAAAUAUUUCCAAUUCAACCCGACUCGCAUCGACUCGUCUCGUUGUUAUUGAACACUUGAAAGAACGCAAUAAGUUUGACGAUAAAACGAGCAGGCGUGUGUUUCUCUCAAAAAACUUUUGCAUAUUGUGUGCGAGUGACGCGAUAUUGUGAAAAACACAAGAACAGCAGCUACAACAACGAACUCAACAACUUUGUUUAUUGAAAUUGUAAACAGAGAAGAAGCGUGAAAAAUGGGUCGUCUGUUUCAAUACAAUCGCUUUGGCGCCAUGGAAAGUGUUAAUAAACGCAAAAAGGAUACGCAGGAAAAUACUCACGAAAAGACCAAGAUGUUACGUAAUGCCAUCCACUGUCCGACUUAUUCGGAUAUAUAUGGCGAUUACAAAGGCUCGAAUGCUGGCACAAAUCUUGACUUGGCCUUCAGUAAGUGCCAACAAUGGAGCAGCAAGCUGAAGUUGCAGCCACCAACGACAGCAGCUGCAAUAACAGCUGAUGAACCCGCUCAGAGUCGCACACACAAAGUCUACGACAGCAUGAAGAGUUUUCUGCAGCGGAAACUGUUCGCUCAACCCUCGCACAAGGAGCGCUUGCAAUGCGAGGAGCCAACCAGCGACUAUGAUGAGCAAGAUCUGCUGGACUCCUCGUAUCAUGCGGACGCGGAGGAAGAUGAGGAGGAUCUCUUGGCGGACUGCAGCUGCAGCUCCAGCAGUGCCACGCCCAAACGUGCUCCCAGCAACAAGUCGCCACAAAAGUCGCUGCUGUCGCUGAACUGCUGGCAGAGCAGUCAGCAUAGUGACUCCAGCUGCAGCGAGGAGGCGCUACCCGACCAGAACGAGGAGGAUUCGGAUGCGGGCAUCUCCGACUGCUGCCAGCUGCUGAACGAGAGCAGCAACAGCAGCGCCAAGCGACGCAGUACGUCCAAGAAACGAGCGACAAAGCAACGCUACAGCAUCAACACCGACGAUGAGGAUGAGGAACCGGAGCUGUUGCACUGUGCCUGGUAUCAGCCACGCAUCACUGCUAAGGCGGCGCAGGAGCAUCUGCAGCAGGCGACUCCCGGCAGCUUUCUGUUGCGUCGCAGCACGCCACGCACCUUUGAACUAUGCCUGCGGCAGGAACACAAGGUAAAAUCGUAUGCAGUGCAGUGCAGCCGCAACGAGAUGUUUAGCCUCAAGGGUGCCAAGAAGCAGUUUAGCACGCUUAAGGCACUAAUCACACAUCAUUCGGUGAUGGCGGAACAAUUGCCCUUGACGCUGGACAUGCCCAGGGAACGCGACUUGACCAAGACAUCAGCCGUGCGCUAUGCCGAUGACUUUGAACCACUGGAAUCACUGCAACUGCUGGGCAUCCUCAAGAGUCUGCAGGCCAAGAACUUUGAGGCAUGAAUAGCUCGAGUUGUGGAUUAGUAUUUAAGAAGCGAGCGGGUUUAUCGAACUGCAAAGGGAACGAUAGGUGAAAAAUUAGUAUGCUAAGUUUGAUGUAUGUAUGUAUGUAUGUUUGUAUGAAUGUAUGUAUGUAUGUAUGUAUGCUUUUGGCCAAGGCCUUGUGAUAUAGUUUACGAUCGAUUCGACCGACCGAGGCAUAUACUCAUAUAAGUUAUAGUUGAUAAGCCUGUGUAAAUUGUAGAAGAAACCAAACUAAUUGUAUUGAAUUGUGUGUUUAUGCUUAAGUUUCGAUUGUAUAGUAAACGAUGAGAGUUAUACAAUAAAAAUUCAACAAUGCAAUCCUGCAAAU